CGGAUCAUCGCCGAUCUUCAGGUUUUGCGUUUGUUGAAUGAGCCUAGCGCUGCUGCAGUAGCAUAUGGUCUUUAUCGCACUUCCACUGACCUGCCAAAUGCCGAACAGCGUCAUGUCGCUUUCGUUGAUUUUGGUUCUUCGGCUUUGCAGGUUGCUAUUUCAGCAUUCCACAAAGGCAAAGUGAAGAUGUUGGCCUGCACCUUCGAUCCUGCCUUGGGAGGUCGCUCUAUCGAUAUUGCCAUCGCUCAUCAAUUGGCACAAGGAUUUAACAAGCCAGGAAGCGAUGUGACCAAAAACAAGCGUUCCUGGAUUCGUCUCUUAGCUGAGGUUGAUAAAUUGAAACGUCAAAUGUCUGCGAACGUCUCUGCCCUUCCUAUUAACGUCGAAUGCCUGAUCGAUGAAAGAGAUUUCUCUGCAAAGAUGAAAAGAUCCGACAUGGAAGAGCUUUGCGCCCCUCUCUUCGAACGAGUUGAAAAAACAUUGCGACGAUGUCUUGCCGAAUCGGGACUGAAACAGGAAGAUAUUUCUGAGAUUGAACUUAUUGGUGGCUCGACUCGUAUCCCAGCUGUCAAAUUACUAAUCGAGCAGGGCUUUGGCAAACCACCCUCCACAACUCUGAAUCAGGACGAAUGCGUUGCCCGUGGCGCUGCUAUUAUGGCUGCCAUGCUGUCUCCCAGUUUCAAGGUCCGUGAAUUCUCUCUUACCGAUCUUCAGCCCUAUGCAAUCAACUUGAAUUGGAGCGGCGAAGACGUUGAGCACGGAGAGAUGGAAGUAUUCCCCAAGUUUCACAGCGUUCCUUUCUCCAAGAUUCUAACAUUCUUCCGAAAGAGUCCUUUUGUGUUUGCUGCUUCGUUGAAUCGUUUCAAGAAAGCGUACACUGCUUACAAUAGCGGUGUUGCAGCCUACGAUCACUGGACGCCCGAAGAAGCAAAGAAGUUGGAACUAGCAAUUGCUGAAAAAGUUUCUUGGUUGGAUGCCAACAUCAGCCGUGUGAAGGCAACUCUUAAGACUAAGGACUUGCCUAUUAAAGCCGCUGCCUUCCAUAGCGAACACCAGGCUUUUGAAAGCAGCAUGAAUCCAGUUUUGAACAAACCCAAACCACAGCCUCCUGCCCCACCGGCUGAAGCUGCACAGUCGGGCAAGCCAGAGGAUGCUGCCAACGGCUCAACAAUAGUGCUCCCAGAAUUGAUCCGCGGACCGCAGUCCCGACUCCAUCAUGCGAAAUUAAUUGGCCGUGCAUCACCAACUUAUAUCGGAUGGGCGCUCCGUAUUGAAAACUAUUGCUAAAUUUCAUAAAGCUUUACAUAAUUUUGCUUGGACAAUCAUGUGUAAGUGGUGUAUAAAAUGAAAUGCGUGUUGAAUACAAAUUUUAAAUCGCG